AUUAAUGGAGGACUUGAAGCUAGUUGAGAAAGUUGUGAUUACACCAGAGAACCCAACAGAUAGAAGACGCAUUUUUCUAUCAAACAUAGACUUAUCUCUCGUUGUAUAUCAAGAAUCUGUGUCUUUCUUUGAUCCUCCAUUGAGCAAAUUGAGCUUCUCUGAAUCUUGCAACAAUUUAUGCUCUGCAUUAGGUAAGUUGCUAGUGCCUUAUGACUUCUUUGCAGGAAGGCUUGUGCCAGCGCUAGAAGAUAAAGAUCGCUUCGAGAUCGACUGUAAUGGUGCUGGUGCUGUUGUAGCUGCUGCGAAAACGAGCUCUACUUUGAGUCAACUUGGGGAGCUUUUGGCGCCCAAAGAGGAGUUCAGGCAGUUGGUUGCUUUCUUGCAAGAUGAGAGUGAACAAGUGGAGCUGCAAGACAAGCCUCUUCUGCACUUGCAGUUAACACAUUUUGGAUGUGGAAGCCUCGCACUAGCCUCUCGAUAUAACCAUUGUGUCUUGGACGGGAUUGCAGUCCGUGAGUUUGAGAAAAAUUUAGCUGCCUUAACUCGUGGAGAUGAAAUUGUAAUGUUGCCGAAUCCUGACAGAACAAUCUUCAAAGCCAGGAACCCACCAAGAAUCAAUCACCCACACUACGAAUACUCAACUGGAUGCAGGACAGACAGCUUAUUCACAGUCUGCGGCACUAGUGGAAUCAAUGUCAACAACUGCUUACCACAGAACAAGACUCGUUUGAUCUUCAUUUCUCCAAAAAGAAUUGCCAGCUUAAAGAAAGCAGCUCUCCAGGAUGGAAAACUGAAAAGAUGCAGCAGUUUUCAAGUUGUUGCUGCGAAGAUAUGGAAGGCAAGGAGUAUUGCAAUGAAAAUGCAGGAUGACGUAAACAGCAUGAUGCUAUUUCCAGUUGAUGCACGAAAGAUAGUUGCGCCACAAGCCCCAAAUGGAUUUGCAGGCAAUGCAUUAGUUCCUGGUUUUUCCCGAGCAAGUGUGAAGGAACUUAAGGAUGGAGAGGACUCAGUAUUAGUAAAGAAAGUGCAAGAAGGGAUCGAAAGAUUGGAUGAUGAGUAUGUAAGAUCAGGGAUAGAUUGGCUAGAGGUUCAUAGAGGAGUACCAUGCAGGGAAAAUAGCUUCUCAUUGGUGGCAUGGUUUCGAUUGGGAUUAGAAGAAGAUGUUUUUUCUUGGGGAAAAAUCAAAUGUGCUACACCAAUUCUGAUAAAACCUGGUUUGGUCAUUCUUUUGCCAGGGCCUGAAGGGGAGGGAGGCCUUAAUGUUUGCCUGGAAUUGCCUGACGAUCAAAUGGAUGAGUUUUGUAGAUUAUUGAUGGGGUAAUGGGGUUUGUUUUAUGUUUAAUGACACAAAAUAUAGACAUAGUAUAAAUGAGUUUUGCUGAUUGUCACAAUAGAUGCUGGUUGAUAGCAGAAAAGGACUAGAGGAUAGUACUUUCGACUUUCAGACAGAAAAGAACUUUUUUAGAUUUUUUUUCUUUAUUUUUUGGUGAGCUUAGAGUUAGGAACUGAGUGGAGAUUUCUGUUACUGCUGAAAAUGUUCAUGGUUGGAUACUUAACAAAUCAAAGUGAAACAUUUACUCCUCAAUUUUUUUCCAACAUUCACUUCAAUACCCUUUUUUCUUUUUUCUUUUUCUUUUCUUUGCUCCCUUUUCAAUCGCUGUAAACUAUGACGUUCUAACUACUGGGCUCAGGUCUUUGCACUCUGUAGGUUCUGAUUUAGACAGUCUACACUGCGACAAUGAGGUCCAGUUCAGGUAUUUCGCUCUUUGAUCCCAUGAAUUUUUCUUUUCAUUGAAAGAAAAAAUGUCAGCUACUUUGCUGUAAAAGCCAUUAUAUAGUUACUUUCAUGAUUCAUGAUAAGCUAUUUUACAGGACA